AUGGUUUCCAGAGUACUUGACGAAUAUAUCAUUCAAGAAGUUGCACGAACCUGCCCGGAGCCAUUUCUGGGUUUUCACAGAUGCAUGGAAGACCCGGCUAUCAAGGACAAAUCUGAAUGCGCUACAUUCCAGCGUGACCUUCAGCAUUGCGUCAAGACCCAGGUUACGGUCUACCACCAUAUUGAAAGCAAGUGCUCAGACAUUAUCCAAAAGUACCAAACCUGUCUCAUGAAGGACACCGAGGGAAAUACCAGUAGCAAGUGCUACAACGAGUUGAAGAGUCUCAGAGAAUGUGCAAUGGGGGUCAUCCAGGACGAGCAGCAAAAGCACCAGGCAGGAAAAUAA